AUAAAUAUGCAUCUGGUGCCAGACUGUGCAGUAUUCAGUCAGGAGUAGUCCUUUGUUCCCCUUCCUGCUUCUUGCCUCUGGUACUGGAAAUGGGAAAUUCCAAAAGCAGUGCCCUCUCCAAAGAUAUCUUGGAAGAUCUCAAACUCAACACCAAGUACUCAGAGGGGGAACUCUCUGAAUGGUAUCAAUCCUUUUUGAAGGAAUGUCCAAAUGGUAAGAUCACCAUGCCACAAUUUCUGCAAAUCUACUCAGGCUUCUUCCCAGAUGCAGAUCCGAAAGAAUAUGCUCAGCAUGUUUUCAGAAGCUUUGACAGCAACGCUGAUGGGACUUUGGAUUUUAAAGAAUACAUCAUUGCCCUUCACCUCACCUCCUCUGGAAAAACCUCUCAGAAGCUUGAAUGGGCCUUUUCCCUUUAUGACGUGGAUGGCAAUGGCACAAUCAACAAGCAGGAGAUCUUAGAAAUUGUCAAGGCAAUAUUUAAAAUGAUAAAUGAUGACGAUCAAAAAGACCUGCCGGAGGAUGAGAACACACCAGAGAAGAGAACUGACAAAAUCUGGGACUAUUUUGGCAAGAAAGAAAAUGAUAAAUUAUCAGAGGGUGAAUUUAUUCAGGGCACACUGGAAAACAAGGAUAUUCUUCGAUUGAUACAGCUAGAACCCAAGAAAAUCAAAGAAAAGCUGAAAAGAAACUAG